ACCACAAUGGCCUUCUUUCUACGUCUGGCUCUGUGGGCGUCUUUAGCUUUCUGGUCAACUUCAGAACUUGUUAUUGAUGUCCAGCCAAACGUCAUUUUACCAGAGAUAACACCCCAACUUGUGAUCAACUGUUCUAUAACCAAUAAUCAAGUUCAACAGAUUGAAGUUAUCAAAUGUCUAACUCUUUCUCGUUAUAAUGAAACUAUCAAAGAAUUUGACGAUCUUUUUGUUUUAAAUUCUUCAACACUAGAUCUCAAACAACUUCAGCAAUUUAAAUUUUCACAAAUCAGUUUUGGAAAUCUGUAUAUAACUUUAACUCUAAAUAAUCCAUCUCAUUUUGAUGCUAAAGUCUAUAGAUGUAAUGCCACUGGAGACAAUGCAGAAGGGACGAAUAUUUCUUUGUUUGCUAAGAUGGCAGUAGAAUAUGAGACAAGCUCGACCGCUUUCAUUGAAGAGAUACGACGUUUGAAACAAGACAAGAACAACUGUCAAAGUUCUUUAAGAAGCCAAAAAUCGAGACUUCAAUUUGAUGGAAGUUCUGAAAUUAUUCGAGAACUAAUUGAACCUUUGACAUUAAACUGUUCAUUUAAGUUUUUAAAUGAUGAUAAUCAAGAAACAUCAACACUACAAUCUUUUUUCAUUCUACACGAGACCAAAGGUGUCAUUGCAUAUAUAAACAAAGGUCAACCUGUCGUAACCUCGAUGAAAGAAGUCAAGUCUAAAAAUGUUAAAGGUGAAAUCUAUCAAAAUAAACUAAAAGAUUCCUAUCUUCAAGUCACAUGGACCGAACUAAAAUUGUCCGACUCAGGAAAAUAUGUUUGUGAAGCUCAUGUUCAAUAUUUAGAAGGAAGAUCUGAGAAGUUCAAUGAAAUGCUGACUAUUACAGUUCAAAGUCCAACAUUUAAUGACUUGGUGAAUGUAAUACAGAAAUUAAUAACACAAGUUGAUGAAGACAAGGAUAUCAGAACACAAGCUAUGAAGAUAAUGAGAGUAGGUCUGGAAAGAAAUUUUACAAGCCUUACAGAAAUCGUCAAUACAAAUGCACAAAAUAUCAAAAACAUGAGAUUCACUAUGAAUACAAAUAUUACAAGCAUAAAAGAAGACAUGGAUACUACACCUCAAAAUAUUAUGAGCAUAAUAGUAGAUACAAAUAACACUAUUACAAUGCUUAAAAAAGACCUGGAUACUAAUGCAGGAAAUAUUAAAAUCUUGAGAGAAGAUAUAGAUGGGAAUAUUAUUAAGCUUAAAGAAGAUUUAAAUACAAACAAACAAUUACAAAUUAAUUUGCAAGAGAAUCUCAAAAUGGAGGUGGCAAAUAUUUCUACCAAUCUAACCGAGCUGAAGAACCAAAUGGAUGAAGUAAAAAAAAUACUUCAGUUAUACUUUGUGCCACCCACAACAUGUCGUAAUGUCACCAGUACUAAAGCCCGUGCCAUUGUGACGUUAUCUUCCGGGUUAAAGGUCAUGUGUGACACCAAGACAGAUGGUGGUGGAUGGAUCAUCUUUCAGAGAAGAAUCAACGGAAAAGUAGAUUUCUAUAGAGGCUGGAAGGAGUAUCGUGACGGCUUUGGAGAUUACAACAUUGGGGAAUUUUAUCUGGGAAAUGAAAAUAUUUUUAAUUUAACUUCUACAGGAAAAUAUGAUUUAAGAAUAGAUUUAGAAUAUAACAACAAGUCGUACUUUGCACAGUACGAAGACUUUAAAGUAUUGAAUGAGACUGAGAACUAUAAACUACAGAUAGGAAACUAUUCAGGAAACGCUGGUGAUAGUUUAAGACGUCAAAACAACAUGUUCUUUAGUACUCUAGAUAGGGAGAAUGACAUUGACAAUAUUGAUCACUGUGCACAAAGAUAUUUAGGUGCUUGGUGGUACAAGGAUUGUCAUGUUUCUAAUCUAAAUGGUCAAUGGGGAAAUACAUCAUUUGGGAAGGGAAUGAACUGGUACGGUCUAACGCAAUGGUAUGACAGUGUUACCUUUAGUGAGAUGAAAAUAAGAGAAAGAGAAUAAAAUUCACACUUUGAUGGUUGUAAAAAGCAAUACCUUGAGUGUAAGAGAGAAGCUAAAAUAAAAACUUUAUUUUUUUCCAAAUAACUAGACCAAGUGCUUCACUGUUUUCUGUUUUUUUUUAAUCAUUUUUUUUCUUCCAAAAUGUAAAAUAUAGGCCUAUAUAUCAUAAUGUAAAUGUUGUAACAUUUUUGUCAGGAGAGCUUAAAUAAAAAUGUUACAUUUUGCAAUUAUAUUAUAUUAUAUUUAAAGACAGUGUAAUUGACUUAAUUUUAGUUGUAAUGAUUUUGUUUGACACUGAAGUUUUUUUGUUGUCUUUUAUUACUCAACAUGAGAAUUCUUAUUUCUUUAGUAUGUUCUAAAUUGUACACAGUUAUUAAACU